AAUGAAGGUGAACAGCUUAGGAGAGCAUCGCGGAUGUUUUAAUGGUACGUAGUAUCGCUCUUUAGAUUCGGCCAUUGCAAGGACAGCUUUCUGAGUUGAUGUAUUACAUGAUGCAAAAUGAGAUGCAUUCCUUUGUUUAACAAAGAUAGUGAUUAUCUGCUGUACCACGCUCUACCGGGAUGAAGAUGAUCCAUUAGUAAUAUCGUUCUUGCAACAUAAAAAAAUUGUUGUCAAAAUGUUCUUUGAUCAUGGCGUCCCAUUAGUAAGUGUUAUGUCUUUACGUAUUGAGCACUAACUAUAGCGACGGUUCUGCUGCAUUGAGGUUGAGAUUUGAGCCCGAGAGUAUACCGAGUUGUCGAUAGCAUCUUACCUUACCUACUCGGCUACUCACGCCCAGGCGGGCGCAAGUCGACUCAUUUCGAUUCGCUUUGAAUAAUGCAGUCACAAGUCCCGCUCUGUAUCGCUGGUUAUAAGUUACUUUACUAGGCUUUAUCGUAUCAAUCACGAUAUCAGCAAAAUUCUUUACCUUCGUCAUAGUGAUAAAGUAAAAAGAACUAUAAGAAGAAAGACAAGAUGGCGAAGAAGGAGAAGAAGUCAUGUGACUUAUUGUAAAAUCACUAUUGCAUGAACAUUCAAGUGCGUAGCGUUCGAAGACGAGCUCGGUUCGAUUAUGCGUAAGUAGCGUUACAAAAAUUCAUUGGCGGUGCUUGCAAAUCGGGUUAAAAAAACAACGUAAGCUAAACGUGACAGAAGCUAUUCAUUCAUAUUCAAAACAUUUUAAGAAAUUGGUAAAGGGCUGUCUUAGCUUAGCAUAUUCUAUAGAAAUCUGUGAUAGGAAAACGGAUGAGCUAUUCAUUCGAGUUUCAUUUUAAAUAAGCUCAUGCUUAAGUGAGAAUAAUUAUUGCGUCUUUUUUUUUAUUAUUUAUUUAAUUUUUCUUUAAUCUUUACUUUUAUGUUCUUUUUUUUUUUUGUUUUGGUUUAGAAAAAUAAAUUCCACACAACUUUAACUGAGUGAACGUAAUGUUUGUAUUUUUAAAUGAUCGUAGCUAACAAGUGUUAUUUCAUAUUAUAUGGUAUGUCUCGACUCAAUAAUUCUAGGUGUUGGUUACAAGAAUUCUGAUUACAUUUGAAUUGCAAUAACAAGUAAGCAGCGAACCAACAACCAAACCGAAACAGGUGAUAUUUAAGAGAAUGGGUUCAGCAGUGUGCACUUGUGUGACGUUAUUCAAAAUAAGUUUUUUGUUUUUUUAAUAUAAAAAAUAAAUAAUAAAGAAAAAAAAAACAAAAAAAAAUAAAAAUAAAAAUGAAAACUACCAUAUAAAUGGACGGUCGAGCGUUUGUACGUACCUAUGAAUAAAUGAGUAUCCAGAUGAAACAACGCUAUAUAGUGUGAGGCAACAAAGCAGAGUAAAUUAACAAAAAAAAAAAAAAAAAUAAAAAAUAUUUUUCAUAUGUUUGUGUUGAUGUUUUACAGCUCAAACGCUAUAUACAACAAAUAGUGUACAAAUGUUGCAACAAGAGUUCCCUCAUCAUCAAGUGAAAAUAAGUCUGCAGCAAGACUUAAAUUACUUUAUAAAUCAACAGCAACAACAAAAAUAUAAAACCGGCUAUUGUCUCUAUGAGCUCAGCUGCUGCUGCUGUUGCUGUUGCUGUUGCCGCCGGCGUUGUUGCUGCAUGAAAAUUAGCAUUAACAGUUUAAAAUGUGGCCUUAAAAACAACAAGAAAAUUCUACAUAACUAUAAUUGCCAAGCGAGACGAGCGUAGAAGAAGAUAAAGAGAAUUUAUUAUUAACAAAAAAGAAGAAAGAAAGGAAAAAAAAAACAAAAAAGAGAAAAAACGUUAAAUGCGAAUACAUUUUGAGCAAACCUCGAGCUUGUAAGGAAAACAAAAAAACAAAAAAAAAACUGAUAUUUGAAAAAAGUAAAACUAAAAAAGUCAAAGAAAUAAAAAGCGCAAAAUCAAAUAUUUAAAUAAAGCCAUAGAAACAAACAAUAGAGAGCUGAAGAAAAUUUAAGGUGCUAUCAUGGUGCAUGUGAUGUGUAGUAAAUUACAAAAACAACAACAAAAACGGCAACAACAACAACAUCAACAUCAACAAAAACAUCAACAAAACCAACAACAAAAACAAGAACGUCAAAGACAAAAACAUAAACGAGGCAUUCUAAGAUAUAAAACGACGUUAGUUGAUAGUGUUGCCAGUACGUGGAGUGGCGGUAAUGUAAAAAUAUGCUAUUGUCGUGUUAGUAGGAGGGGAGCUUGCAUUAGUAGUUGCUGGGCUGUGUUGGUGGUGUUCAUUUUGUUGUUAUGUGGCAAUUGUGUAAUUUCACAGCGUAGUUUAAACAAUAACAACAACAACAACAACUACAAUAAUAAUAAUAAUAAUAAUAAUAAUAAUAAUAGUUUAAGCAGCACUAAUAACACUAACAACAACAAUAGCAUACAAAACAACAAUAGCAGUUUAUUGCAAAUUUCCCGACCAUCAGCAGCGAUAUUAGUAAAACCUUUAGUUCGCCAACAACAAAAUGUUAUUGGCGAAGCGGCGGCGGCGGCGGUGGCGGCGUCGGCGUCGGAUGAAGUGGAAAAACAAGUUGCGAUUGAUAAAGCAACAAAUGCCACUCAUAACAAAAUAAUAACAAAAACUUCAACUACAACAUCAAUCUCUUCUUCCUCUUCGUCUUCAUCUUCAACGUCGAUGUCAUCGUCUUCUUCUUCUUCAUCAUCAUCAUCUGCGGCUUUAUCGUUAACGAAUACGGUUUCAGUUACAGGCAACAGCAUAGGUCCCGCUGCGAACAAAAGUGAUAUUAAAGAAAUUUCCAAUGAUGGCGAAAGUUUUAAUGAUAACAACAACAACAACAACAAUAAUAAUAAUAAUAAUAACAACAAUAACAACAAUAUUCAACAUCCAACAGCCAACAAAACUGUUAAUAAAAGCGAUGAUGCAGAUGAACUUUUGCAAACAUCUGCAGAAAUUCUCAAUGAAUCGGAAGAUGGUUACGAGCAUUCUGCUAACCCUACCUCCACCACUACAAGGCCUACGAGACCUUCUUUGGCGCCACAUAAUUCGGCUCAAGAACGUGAGCGUCGUUUAAUGAAUGUUCUGGCUGCUAGACGUAGUGCUUUACAUCGUACUGGUGUUAGAUCGCGAGUUAUAACCACAAGUCGUACUGCAACGGCUGUAGAAACGACUUCACGUACACCCACUGAUCCUCGAUCAGUUUGUAUACGUAAUUGUACAAAAAACUUUACACGCCGAACUACCGCUAGUUGUAUGCGCCAAUGUGCAAACUUUUCGAGAGUCGGUAAUUCUACGUUUGCUAUCAGCAAUACAUCCAUGAAGACUUUAAAACUUAGCUCUCCCAACAAUCAACAAAAUGAGAAAGAUACCAACGAGAUCUUGUUCACAGAUGAGUCUUCCCAUGGUGUUUUAGUGAUAGCCAAAGAACAGAACGACACUUUGAAUCAUAUACCCGAUGAGAAAAAGAGCGGCAGUGGCAUUAAAUCACGCGGUAAUCGUCGUAAAUCGACGAUGAAUGCAGUUACUCUGGCUACGACCUCCAUUGAAGAUGAUGAAAUACAGCCAUAUUUGUAUUUUGGUCAAAAAUUACCUCCUCUUAAGCCCAACGCUUUGACCAUUACCUCCGUUAGUGAUGAACAUCCUAAAUUGCUGGAAGUGUCGGUGGCGAAGGAAUUGCCACAGCUACCUACUACUGUUACUACAACUCCGGUAAACGUACCAUCUACCUCAACUUUGUCGGCAGUGGAAAGAAGUCGGGCUAGAUUCAAAUAUAACAUGAGAGGGGCUGUAAGUUUUAAUCGCCGCUAUAAUACGAUAGCAAGAACACCGACGGCUGAAUCAAGACCCAAUAACGCUUCAAAUCUAAAGGAAACUAUAAGGCAUACCACCCCAACGGUAUUCUCAAAUGUAACUUUAGAGCCAAUUACAAUGAAAAAUGAAAAUACAACAAAAACAACAGCAGCACCAACAACGGCAAAGACAACAACAGGAAUAAAUAAAUUACUACGGCCAUCCUCCACUCCUUUAAUAAUUACAGUCUUGGGAGAUGAAGAACUGAUUACGGUGCCUCCAUUUACCAGCAAUAACCUAUAUGAAGCCAAAAUAUCCACUUUACCUUUAACUGCUGGUUUUAACAUCAGCAACGCUUCGCCAACUUCGACGAUCCCCUCUGUUACAAUGAGUAGAGCAGCUAGCACAAUAACAACAAGUACAGCAGCGUCAAUACCCGCAGCAACCGCAGCAACCACAGCAACCACCGCAGUCACAAGAGCCUUAACAACGGCGACCACAACGACGAUAACAACAAAAUCACCGCAACAUACUACGGCUUCUACUGUAUCAAAUACUAUUGCUGAUUCCACUCUGUCGACUCAACCACUCUUUGGAAGCUCUCCUACGACUAAAAAGGCGAGUAUAAUUGAAGAGGAUACCGAGCUAUUACGAGCUCUCGGUCCAAGUUUAACUGAGUCCAUUAACACUGACGAUAAAACCAAUUUAAUAAUCUUUGUAAAUCGUACUUCCGGCGUCUAUAUACCUCUGUCUAGUACAAGUACUACUUUUAAAUCGCAAGAGGCGAUGGCAUUCGAUGCAAUAACCACUGAUUCUUCGCCUACUGUUCUACGUACUACUAUUUUGACAUCGGUACGUUCCACUGUAAAUCCAAGAACCGAGGAACAGUUUAUCAAAUCUACCGAAAAUCCCAUAAAUCACUUUUAUAGACCGUUCGGUAUGGUCAACAAUGUCGCUACUGUUACAGAAUCUUGGAUUACCUCCACUCCCCAAGAAGUCACCGGUGAGAUAAGUUCUACGGUUGUAACCAACGAUCAAGAAAUAUCUGCCGAAAUGCAACGAAUGAAUAUUGUUACUAUGGUAUUGGCCGGUAUAGGCAUCAUUCCUCUCAUCGCUGUUAUACUUUAUUUGGUGCGUAAUUACAUACUGAAACGUCCUCUAAAGGAUGAUGAGGAUUUUGAUGUCUGCAUUACCGAUCAGCAGCCCAUUAGUCCAGUUAAGAGGUUGGACUCUAAAUACCACAUUAACGAUGAUAAGAAUGAAGACGAAGUCGACCAUCGUAAAUUGCCUCAAAGGCAGCACAGUCAAGUUCAUAAACUACCAUCCAGAGACAAUAAGAAUCAUAAUCCUAACAUGAUUCAUCAACGACAUUACAAUGAUGAUAAGAGCUCGAUUACCAGUGAUCAAGAGUUCGAUCGCUCGAAUAUACGGUUGAAAAGUUUGUUGGGCGAAGGAAAUUUUGGCCAAGUGUGGAAAGCCGAGGCCGAUGAUUUAAGUGGACAUUUUGGAGCUACCAGAAUUGUUGCCGUUAAAACUAUAAGAGCUUGCAGUACUCAAGUGAGCUUGAAGGACGAAGCGAAUAUUAUGCGAAAAUUGGGUUCGCAUCCAAAUGUAGUGACAUUGCUUGGAGCCUGCGUAGAAACCGAGCCUCAUAUGUUGAUCAUGGAAUAUGCUAUGCGUGGCCGUUUGUUAUCUUUAUUGCGAGCGGCACGAAAUGCCACCAACAUUUUGCCAGCUUCCGUUCCGGGAGGCCGAAGUCAAACGCCAUUGUCACCUCGGACAUUGGCUGGAUUUUGUUUAGAUAUUGCCUGCGGUAUGGAGUACAUAGCUGAGAAAAGAAUUGUUCAUCGUGAUCUUGCAGCACGCAAUGUUUUGCUGGAUCAUAACGGUGUUUGUAAGAUAUGCGACUUUGGCAUGUCCAUCGAUUUGGAUGCCGAACGAAAACGUAAAGAGCUUGAGAAGAAUUGCGCUAACGAGAUAAUGCGAAGCAAUUUUAACAAAUUCAAAUUUGAUUUUGGUGGUAAAUUCAUUAUGAAUCAUUGGCCACCGAAUCCUCAAAAGGAGGGCAACAUCUCCGACGUAAAAAAAGGCCAAGGUCACGGCCACGGCCACGAUACUAUCGGCAGAAGACCCGCAUUGCCCAUACGAUGGAUGGCCCCAGAAGCUUUACAAUAUCAUCUAUUUACACGGGAAACUGAUAUUUGGGCGUUUGGCAUAGUGCUCUGGGAGAUUGCUACCUUAGGUUCAACUCCCUACUCCCAUUUGACUGGUCGCGAGAUUAUACGACGUGUUCCACAGGGCUUAAGGCCAGAUUUACCAAAAGAGGGUCGUCAUGAAUUUUACAAUUUAAUGUCUCGAUGCUGGCAUAAGGAUCCACAAAUGCGUCCCAGUUUUAGCCAGGCUCGAUUAGAGAUAACACGUUCCCUGCAUAAAUGGGUUGACGAUGAUACCGCUUCAAAUUCCGAUUAUAUGGAUGUUAGCGGCUUCAGUGAGGAUCUCGAGCAUGGUAUGGUGUAUUUUAAUCACCGCAUAUCCGAGUUUGAAUGUGAAAUAUGACAUUAGCUUUUUUAGCCCUUAUCUCAAUUCCCUUUUAAUUAAACCAUUACCUUCUCUAAUAUUUCAUUUUCAUUUUCGUCAAGUGCUCGCACCAGUAUUAUCUUUUCCCUUGAUUUCAGUUAAUGAGUGCUAAAUAAAUUUUCCAAAAAAAAUAUUAUCGGUGCUUAAAACACGUGAAUAUAAAUUGUAAAUAAUUAUGUAUCAAUUAAUUUUAUUUCUAAGCUAUAUAUUAUUAACGAACCGAUAGAUAGAAACCUUAUGAUAUAUAAAUCGUUUUAAAUGUAUUUUAAAAUUUGUUUUUAGUUUUCUAGUCUGUAUAAAUAAAGGAUGAAACAAAAAUCAUUUAAUUUGGAUUUAUUAAUAAUUUUA